GCGGAAGGCGCCCUCCCCGCCGCUGGGCCCGGGCACCGGGCGCCGGGCCGGGGUCCUUCCCGCCGGCCGUGAGCGCCGGCCGCUUUGUUUGCCCCCGCCUCGGCGUUGAGGGGGGCGCGCCGGGAAGGCGGCGGCAGGAAGCACGACCGAUCGCGCCGGGGACGCGCGGGGACCCAGGAGUCCGGCCGCCGCGAGGGCCGCGUGACGAGACCGCGGAGGGAGCCGGAGAGCCGCCGCGGGCCCCGGGUGGCGGGCCCGGGGCGCCCGUGAACACAGACCUCCCCGUCGACGGGGGGCGAUGUUCCCCUGGCCCGCGGGCUCUUCGGGCCGCCGGGGCAUCCCGCCGUUGGGACCAGGGCCCCCGCAGUGGGCGACCCCCAAGGCUGCUCCAUGGAGACUCUGUGUCCUCCUCCCCGCCUGGCAGUGCCCGCGUCUCCGCGGGGGUCUCCCUGCUCGCCCACGCCCCGGAAGCCGCGUCGGGGGACCCCGGAGUUCUCCCCGCUGUGCCUACGUGCCCUCGCCUUCUGCGCCCUUGCCAAACCUCGGUCGUCCGCCCGGGGCCUGGGGCCUGAAGAGCUGGCGCCGCGGACCCCGGUGCUGUUGGACCCCCGGGCCUCGCCAUGCACCGGCGGCCGGGCCGCGAAUAGCCUGAAGCACCUCGGGGGACAGGCCGGGCGACCGAACGACGUGAGCUCCGCGGUCCGCGAGGAUGCAGACAUCGCGGUGUGCCCAGGCGGAGGAGAGGAGGAAGAGGGCGGAGGCGGCUUCCCGCACUUCGGAGCUGGUUCCUGCGCACCUCCCAGCCGCUGCCCUGCUCCUCGGCGUCCUCGGGAAUCUCCGACCAGCUCCUCCUGGUCCCCGCCCAGGCCAGCCCCGGGUCUGGAGUCCCAGCCUGAUGGAGCCAGCAGUCCGCCUGAUGAGCAUAGCUCCCGGCCUCCGCCGCCACCUGCGGGCCUCUCCCCGGAACCUGCGUCUCCGGAGCAGCCUCUGCCGGGCUCGGCGGCUGCAGCGGGUGGAGACCCUGCUCCGGCCGCGCCCGAGGCACCCGCGCUCAGCCCCUCGACGGCAGACGCAGCGCCGGACGCGCCCGGUGAUCUCCGCCAGGAACAUUUCAAUCGCCUGAUCCGCCGCUCGAAACUUUGGUGUUACGCGAAGGGCUUUGCCCUGGACACUCCAAGUUUGCGCCGAGGGCCCGAGCGGCCCGCAGCCAAAGCCCGGGGAGCCGCCAAGAAACGCCGGCGGCCGGCGCCGCCCCCGCGCAGCGUGCAGCCCCGCCGGCCCGCCCCGACGCUCCCCACCUCGAGCACCUUCAGCCUCCUCGACUGCUUUCCCUGUCCCCCAGCCCUGGUGGUGCAGGAGGACGGAGACUUAGGGCCGGCUUCCUCGCUUCGCCUCCAGGGAGACGCAAAGCCUCCGCCUGGUCACCCGCUGUGGAGGUGGCAGAUGGGAGGGCCCGCUGUCCCCGAGCCCCCAGGCCUCAAAUCCUGGUGGGUCAACUUGGAAGAACCCUGAGCUUUCGACCUAUUCUACCCAGGAGCAUGUUGGGGCCCCGGGCAGACUGAGGACUCCAGGAGGGAGCCUUGAUUCUCAAAUUUGUCUCUUUUUUUGCGUUUUAUGGACUGUGUGCUGAGAGACCUCAAGUGACAGUGAUCUUCAAGCACCUGGGAGGUCCGGGUGAUAUUUCCUCCUCAUCUUUGCGGAGGAACCAAGGGCUGGCGUCCAGAAAAAGCCUUAACUGUAGGAGGCUGCCUGACUAGCCCCAUCUCUGCCCUCUCAGCGGGCGCCCCGGGCCUUCACCCCAGGGGAGCAAGGCAACCACUGCCCAGAGACCAAAAGAAAGGGACAGAGGGACGGACCUUGAUGGACAAACUGGUUGUUUCUAUGCUUGAGGGCCAGUUUAGGGAUGUGGGGGACUGUGGUGGGGUGGGAAAGUGAUUGACAGCUCCCUGGGGGCAUCCCCCACCCCCACAGCUCAGACCUUUAACCCUUUACACCCCCUUCCUUUUCUGUUCCUAGCCCCCCCCUCCCCCUCCAAGUUCAGGUGAUUCUCCGGUUGGCGAGAGCUUCAGUCUUCAGCCAGCAGACUUUACCCUUUUGUCCAGUUGUGGAGUUUCCCUUUGCCAUAAGGCUUGAUGGGUGGAAGAGACUUCAGCCCCACUUUUCUCCUCCCAUAAAGAGGAGGAGGGCCCAAUUGUGUGGCCCAAAGCUGGUUUUGCCUGGGGAAGGGGCCAAAAAUUCUCUGGGAAAAUAAUGGAAGGUGGAAGAAAUCAAUAAAAUCAGACCAAACAAGG